AUGCAGGGCCCAGGUUUUGGAUUGGACAAUCAUCCCAAUCCACUACUUCCACCAGCGAUCCCUCCGCCCCGGACUCCACCUUGCCCUCCGGGGCUUAGCCGAUUAGGCAAUUCGACAGUGGAACAGGUGACAGCAAAGGCUUGGCGUUGGUGUAACAAGACAACGGAGACCUUCUUCAAGCUCCUUUUGCUACCUGCCCAUUGGGGCGAUUUGCCGUGCUCAACCACGCCAGCUGUGACGAUUCCACAGUGGUUGGAAACUGGGGGAAGCGCACGAGUCGUCGACAACUUUCGAUGGAUACAUUCACAGAUGCAGAAGAUCACCGAUGGUUGCUAUGAGGUGACGCACAGACUUGCGCAGGUUGAAAUCCUUGUUUUCAACUUAGAUGCUCUGCUGGAGGGUAUUCAGGAACAGUUGCAUUGGAUGCCACAAAAAGGGGUGCUGCCGAAAAGCCAACCGAAAGCCAAGGCUCAGAGGCGGAGGCCAUCUUCUGUCCUACCUCAACAACGCAACACCUUUAAACGUCGGGUCCAAAAAUCCUUUCUGAAAAAGGUCCGAACUCAUGAGAGCAGACUGCAAUCAGUUGAAUCAUCCUCCGUCAACAUUGAGAAGACGCUGCGCCGCAGCUGA